CAACGCUGGCGGCACUUUAUUUUGACUGUUUGUUUUUUUGUACGAACGUGAUUGCAUAAAUGCGUAGUCUGUGAUUCUGUUGACUGUAUUUUGGUGAAUUAGUAUUUUUCUUUGACGAAGUAUCGCUUCCAUCACUAUGACAGAAUUCAACAGGAAUCAGGACUCCACGGAGAAGGACUCAACACAUUACAAAUUGGAAAGUAACGACGCCAAGAGCUAUAGCGCGCAAGAAAGAAACCGAAUUCGCGAGAAUUCCGAAAAUAUCCUCGAAGGAACAUUAGUGAUAGGGGAGCACUACAUGGUUCGUCGGUGCGACGACACAUGGCAUCCUGCGGAAAUUAUACAAGUUCGUCCAUGUGACCAAGACGUGGGGAAAUGGGAGUACUACGUCCACUACGAAGGAUACAACCGUCGGCUGGACGAAUGGGUCGACAAGGACAGAUUCAACUUGUCAUCGUCGCACAAAGAUGAUAUAAAGAACCCUUUGUCUCAAGGAGAUUGUAUAGAGCAGUCUGACAGAAAGAUAACUCGAAAUCAAAAGCGAAGACACGAUGAGAUCAAUCACAUACAGAAGACAUACGCUGAAAUGGAUCCCACAACAGCAGCACUUGAAAAAGAACACGAGGCAAUCACCAAAGUGAAGUACGUGGACCGCAUCCAAUUUGGAAAAUACGAAAUCGAUGCCUGGUACUUCUCCCCGUUUCCUGAAGAGUAUGGCAAAGUCACAAAGUUAUGGAUCUGUGAAUAUUGUCUCAAAUAUAUGAGGUUGGAGAAGACGUAUAGGUACCAUCAGAGUGAAUGCACUUGGAGGCAGCCACCAGGGAAGGAAAUCUACAGGAGAGGGACCGUCUCACUGUGGGAGGUGGAUGGGAAGGAUCACAAGAUCUAUUGCCAGAAUCUGUGUCUGCUUGCAAAACUGUUCCUUGACCACAAAACUCUGUACUUUGAUGUGGAACCUUUCAUCUUUUACGUUCUCUGUGAGGUUGACAAGCACGGUUCUCAUCUUGUGGGGUAUUUCUCGAAGGAAAAGGAAUCUCCAGAUGGCAACAAUGUUGCUUGUAUUCUCACUUUGCCUCCUUACCAAAGGAAAGGGUAUGGGAAGUUCCUCAUUGCCUUUAGCUACGAACUGUCCAAGUUGGAAGGGGCAGUAGGAUCACCCGAGAAACCCCUGUCUGAUCUCGGCAAACUGAGCUACAGAAGCUACUGGUCCUGGGUCUUACUCGAAAUUUUACGAGAUUUCCGUGGCACUUUGUCCAUCAAGGACCUCAGCCAAAUGACAAGCAUAACGCAGAACGACAUCAUUUCAACCCUUCAGAGCCUCAACAUGGUGAAGUACUGGAAAGGACAGCACGUGAUCUGUGUCACGCCUAAGUUGGUUGAAGAGCAUCUCAAGAGCACCCAAUAUAAAAAGCCCCGGCUUCAGGUAGACAUUACCAGUCUGAGGUGGUCGCCGCCUAAAAAGCCUCUGAAGCCCGGCAAGAAAGCAUGAUGUGUAUGUGGUGGAGCGUAAAAGUGUGUACAGUCAUUGUCUGCUUGUAGCGCCAUUGUCAUCAUCCGUAUCAUCAUUCAGUUCAUCGACAGAAAUGAGAUGCCCUUUCACCGUGAAGUGAGCGUGCAGUCACCUUACCUUGCGCAGGUUUGAUCCACCGCACUUGUGAUGUUCGAACUUGACGAGUGGGAGCAACAUGAGCGAGAGAAUGGAUCUAUGUGUUUAGGUAUGUUUUAGCUGGAUUACGUCUCCUGAUAUCACUUUUGGUCAACCUUAUAAAUACAGUCAGGGGACAGCUUUCAUCAGUUAUGCAAUGAUAUUUGUGUUGCUUAUUGUUAUAUUUUAUUAAUUUAAAUCUCCAGGAUGUGUUUGGUAUACUGAUAUGUACAUACAAGCUUCAUUGAAAACAAUAACAGCGAACGGAAGAAAAUCAUGUACAAUUUACAUCUUGUAGUUUUUCAAAAUUGCCUUUACAGCAGGGUUCUGCAUUUUGCAAUCAAUCAUUUCAUUUUUAUUUCCUUAAGUGCCUGGAAAGGCAUUACAUAAGGGGGGGGGGGAGAUGCAAGGAUACAAACAGUAACGCUGCAAACAGCAUGCGCUUUCUACUUCUUUUUCUGCAUCGCCUCAUUGUAGUCUUCCUUCUCAUCCUGUUAACAACACUAGACAAAGGUUCCAUGGAUAUGAAUGAUGCAAAUUGCAGUUUUGGUCAAAUGAAUGACUUAAAUGUGAGCAAUUUCACCUCAGGGUAAGAGAAUUGAAGUGUGUGUUGAAGAAAUCCUAAUUUUUGUAGGGCGGAAACCACCAAAUUCUCUCUUCUUCCUUUCCCUCGCACACCCCGUUACAGUUUCAUGUAUUCACCCUGCUCGAACCUGAACAGAAUUCCGCCGCAUAUCUUAGAACAUUUCAAGUGCCACAUUAAAGGGGCAGGACCCAUCAAGUAGAUUGCAUUAGAGCCAUAAUAAAUUGUAAGCCGUGCUAUAUUCCAAAUUUCAUUCAGCAGGUUCCCAUAGGUUUUGAGCUAACCGAAAACUGUUACUUGGUAAAGUGUAACACACUUGUGUUUAGUAUAGAUGACUUUGACGUCCUUUUGGUUUGUAGAUUAUAAGUAAAGGCCCAUCACUUCCUUUACGACAAAAUAAAUUUCACUCUGUUUUGUAACACUUC